CGACGACCCUUAGCGUUUUGAUACAAGUGGAUAUUGAACUUAAGAUAAUGAAGACCAAUGAGGAUACAACCCACAGAGCUACUUUACUAUCGCCUAGCGCUUGAAGUCAAGCUUCAUAAUCGACAGGACAUAUAUGAAGAUGUCAUCUAAAAGAGCCAAAGAGAGACGCCUCAUAGCGCCUCCGGAAGUGGACAACGUUACAAAGACCGGAACCGAAGCUAAUAUCCUAGACGAGCAUAGGUGGAAGCGCAAGAGAAGAAAUGCCAAUGUCUACGACGCGGUAGCAGGUCGAGUCACCACGACUCUCCCUUUAGAUGAUGGAUCCGAGUCCGAGAUACCCUCUCAUCACUCUCGGACUUCGCGAGACCACCGCCGCGAUCCUACGCUCGCGCCAGAAGAAGUCCUAUUUCGCCGUAUUCGUGCACCCGUGCGCUAUGCCGAAAAGGACAUCUAUCACGCCCACGAGGAAUUACAAGGCGGUGGUAGAGGCACGCUACCCGAUAGUGAUAUGCUCAAAGCGGUCCAUAGCUAUUCUAGCCACUUCUACGCGGCACUUGCUAUGACCCGAGGUGAGCCGGAUGCCCGAACUAUUGAUGAACAGAGCAUGGACGAGACAGCGCUCUUAGCUUUUGGCAUAUUACUCGAGGAGGCGAGCCGGAGCGCUCUCGGUCGAACGGGAGACUUAGUAUUUACCGAGGGUGUGGCAACAGAGCAAGACGGAGAACCGGAGGAUGGUGAUGAUGAUGAUGAUGAUGAUGAUGAAACUGUGGGCUUUAAGGCAUCGAUAAUGGGGCCAUGAUAGUUGAGAUCGCGGAGUAGCAAUCUUA